UGCAAAACCCCACUACGCAAUGCAGCUGCUCAACGACACCCACUUCCGGUCGACGCCCAGCGACACCGCAUUCCGUUUUUUCCAGCGCUUGCCCGUCGAGCUGCGCUUGAUCAUCUGGUUACAUACGCUCCGACGGUCCCGCUGGGUCCCCCUCGACAUCGUCCUUCCAGAGGACGAAGAGUCCCGCGCGAAAUGGCCCGGCCAGGUGGGAGCAGCCAGCGGCCCAAGCCACCAGAACAAAGAGCGCCCUCCCAGCUACACCACCACGAACAGCCUGGGCAGGGUCAUCAGCGGAAAUGACUAUUACUUUGCCGUCCACGACGACGGCUCAGCCCUGAGCCCGUUGCUCCGAGUCAGCAAGGAGGCAAGAAAGGUCGCGCUUGACUUUUAUCGACUCCGGCUCCCUGUCCACCACCGCCUCCCGCAGGCGCAGGGCAGGCCCCUAUAUCUCAACCCCGAGUGGGAUGUGAUCUUUCUACGCUGGGCCAAAUUUCCUCGUCUGCUAGCUGAUGUUCUUCACGACAUCAAAGCCUACGAUGUUAGGGAUGUAGGCGUAGUGCACCUAGCCCCCGACGACCGUACCGCUAGAGGGUAUUCUCCUUGCCUUUGGGAGCUUUUGAGCCAAAACAUCCUGUGGCCUAACACGGACAGCCCCUCGAUAGAAGAGGGCGUUUCCCCUUGCACAUUCCACCCGUUAGCUACGUCGUCGUUCAAAGACACCCUCAAGGACAAGCUCCGAUCGGUAUUUUACGUAUUAGACUUCCUCGGAGGUUCCAGGAUACGGGCCCCCCUAGGCGGGGCCAUAGGCCCGGGUAGCUUCACAUGCCACCACGGACGCGGCCACCCGCUCCAACGACACCUGCCAACGGUGACCUUCUUCGACUGGCUCCACGAGGACUCUCGGCCCGUCGCAGAGGACCUCAAGACUUUACAGUUCUUCAAAGACCCUCGAAAACACUCUGAGGAGCGGCGAGACGUUGAGUCACUGUUUGGGAUCACGCGGCAGGCCGAUGCGGCUUUUGACUUUUACCUGUGUCUCACUCUCGACUGGCGGAGGGUCAACUACGCCUUCGGCGACUCCACCGACUACCAACACCAUCGCGAUGAGACUAGCCGGGGCCUCGGCGACUUCAUUAAGCAUGAUGAGGAGGAAUGGCAUAGGACGUGCGGAUGGGUGGAGAAGAAUUUUGCAGCUGUCGAAUAUAAACCGGGCAGGCACGGUUCCUUGAUGAACCAGGCGACGUAUGACCGGCUGCUCGUCGAGUUGCACGACGUUGUCGACAUAUGGGUGUUCAAGCCCGACGCUUUCGGCGAGGUCACCCCCGAAAACAGGACCACGGUCAUGGAGCAGUUCAAGAGAAACUACGAUGUCUCGGCAUCCCGGCCGAGCCUGGUGGUGUUUGAGAAUCCAGCAGAAUGAAGGCAUGGGAUCAAGGCAGUGCAGUGCGGCGGGCUUUGCCUUUGAGGGCCGGGAACUUGUAUUCCUUAGGGUCCAGGAUGGUAACUAACGGGGAACACAAGAACCAAGACUGCGCCAGUUCGAGUAUCUAGUAACUGUGUCCACCAAUGCCUUGCUUUGACUGCCUGACUGCAAGCCACGACGCCCAAGAGCUUGCCUGUUGCUCCUGGAAGUCGAGUGUGACGAUCUGGGUCAAGGCCCACAGGCCUUGAUCGUACAAGAGGCCGUUGCCGCUCGGCACCCGGUCAUCUUUGCCGGUCACCGCGUCUUCCCCUGGCACUUCCUCGCCAGCCUUUGCCGCGACAUACAGCUGGUGGGAUCCCAGCCGCACGCCAAAGCGGAGCUACUGCGCCGCUGCCCGUGUCGCAAGUUCACCCGCGCUCGACAGCUUUCGGUCGCCCAAGGCUAUGCCGCUCAGCCACUUCCUCAACUACACCCGGAACUACCAAGCCACGGACCCGCGGGACAAGGUGUAUGUGCGCGCUACUCGGCAUGGCCUCUAACGUCGCGGAGGGGGGUCUCGUGCCGGACUACGAGAAGAGCGUCCGGGAAGUCUACCUGGACCUCGUUCGGUUCAUUGGCGGCCCACGGGAGCCUCGACAUCCUCUCCUCGGCCCGCAUGGCCAUCGCGUCCCCGGGGGAUGCCGACCUGGUUCCCGGACCGGCGCGUCUCCAACAGCCUGCGCCCGCUCAACGGCGAGGACCUGCAGCACGAGUCCUCGUGCCGCGCGGCCGGCGACACGCUAGCAACGGUGGAUCCGCGCGGGCUGUCGGCCUUCCUGGGGGGGUCGAGGGAGUCAUCGCGGACGCAACAGCCGAUGCUGGGUCGUGGUACAAGUGCGCAGCAGAUACCCGCGCACCCUACGCUCGGCGUUGCCUGCUACGACGGGAAUGGGGAAUUCUGAUGCGCUGAUCAAUGAAAGCAAGAAUAGGGGUACAUGAGGAUGUCUCUUGGUGCAAGUCCAAAAAUGCAAAGAAAAAAACACAAAGCACGAUGAACUCUGGUCCCUGGAACCGAUGCCGAUAACGAUACCUACUCACUCUCCUUCUAGCUACCUCUCGAUGACGGCGUCUCAAGCGGAACGCUAGGACAUCAGACUCACAUCCUCGCAGUACUAGAGCCAGCUGACGCUCCGGUCCUGAUCGUCGUAGUGCCUGUGCCACGACUCGGUCCCGCAGUCGGCGCCGCACGUCACGCACCUCCGGCGCGGCUUGUUUUCGUUCUUCUUCGGCUUCGUGGAGGGCUUCUUGCCGCCGCCGCCGCCGCCGCCCGUCUUACCGCCCUUGCUCGAGCUCUGGCCCCUCGCCUGGAUGUUGCUGUUGCUGUUGCUGUCGUCGGCGUCCCUCGCAGCAGCAGCAGUAGCAGCCAGCAUCUGAUCGCCGUACUGCCUGGCUUCGAGGAUGGCGUCGCGGGCGCGCACAAGGGCCCCGGAGCGGGCGGCGUGGAGGGCCCGGUACUCGGCGUCGGCGUCGGCGGCGACUGCCAGGGCUGGGUAGACCUGGGUGGCCGCGGUGGCCGCGAGCAUGAGGGUAUGGAGGAAGCGCAUGGUGAUUUUUGGUGGGGUUGUCUUGACAGGAAGAAGACAAGUAUAUGGGCAAAGAGGAGAAAGUUGGCGGUUACCAGAGAACGCCCUGAAUCUUUCUGAUGAUGUGUAAAAGCUUUUAUUGUUGAUGGUAGUCCGUGUG